AUGAAUCCACUCAAGUGUGCGUUUGGCGUCAAGUCUGGAAAAUUUCUUGGGUUCAUUGUCCGUCAUCGAGGGAUAAAGAUCGAGCAAGCGAAGAUUGAUGCUAUAUUGAGAAUCCCCGAACCUCGUGAUAUUCAUGAACUCAAAAGCUUACAAGGGAAACUGGCGUACCUUCGAAGAUUCAUAUCGAAUUUAGCCGGCCGUUGUCAACCGUUCAGCCGUCUUAUGAAGAAAG